AUGGGGGUAGAAGGAAUAGAUUCAUUUCUGUGUGAACCAUCUAUGGAUGACCCUGGAUCAAAACACUUUACACCCCGCCAAGGACCUGCUUUCCAAAAUGCAGAGGACAUUUCUGAGUUCCAGGAUGCUUGUCACAACUUAUUUCAAAAUGGUAAUGGCUCCCAUGCAAAGCAGGAACUGCAAAAACUCUAUAAAUCAUUUUACUCAUGGCUGCAGCCAGAAAAACACAGUAAGGAUGAAAUCAUUUUUCAAGUGGUCCUGGAACAGUUCAUGAUCAACAGGCACUGGAGUGAUCGGUCUACAUUGAAGAGGAAAUGGGAAUCCAGUGGCAGAAACCUGGAGAAAUUCAUGGAAGAUCUGACUGAUAGUUCUGUGAAGCUACCUAACCUAGUCCAUGUCCACAUGCAGGGACAGGAAGCCCUCUUUACUGAGAAUAUGGCUUUAAAAGAAGUAAUUGUCCAUCUAACAAAACAGCUGUUAAUAGGAUCCCCAGCAGGGACAUCCAUGAGGACACCUUCCUGGACUCCCCAAGAUACUUCCCUGGAAACAGGACAAGGAGAGAAAGCUAAAGAAAAUGGCGACAACAUUUAUCCCAUAAAUGACAGUAUUACCAGUCAAAGCAGUCAAAUACCUUCCCUUCUCAUUAUCCGAGAAGAGGACAGUGUUUCUUUGAAGAAUCCGCUUAGCUCCAGAAGAGCAGCUCUAGGCACAUCCGGGUCCCAGGAAGGGGCCCUGGAAGGACCCUUCUAUCAAGAUGUCCUUACAGAGGGGGGACCAGGGUUUCUCUCUCAGCCGGUCAAGGUCAUCCCUGAGCCUGUUCCUACACACCAGAGAACUGAGGGGAAAUCCCCAUGUAGGGGACAGCAAGGAGGAUGCCGUGAAACACAAAAGUCAUACAGAUGUGAAAAGUGUCCUAGGUUCUUCAGGUAUCUCUCUCAGCUACAAGCCCAUCAGAGAAGACAUAAGAACGAGAGGACAUUUACUUGUGCUGAGUGUGACAAAGGCUUCUUCCAAGCGUCAGACCUACACGUGCAUCAGAAGAUUCAUGCAGGAGAGAAGCCUUUCACGUGCAGCAUGUGUGAAAAAUCCUUCAGCCACAAAACCAACCUUCUGGCCCAUGAGAGAAUUCACACAGGAGAGAAGCCCUACGAGUGCUCCCUCUGCCACAGAAGCUACCGCCAGUCAUCGACCUACCACCGCCACCUGAAGACUCACCAAAAUAGGGCCUCCAGAGGGCUUCCUUCCACACCAGGAGCUUCCUCAGACCCCAAAGGCCCGAGCGCGGGGCGCCUGCUCGCGGCCCUGCGGCCCUGCGGCCCAGGCCCGGGUCUCCGGGACAGGGAGGCGCCGGUGGGCGGGGGCGCGUGUGUGAGCGUCGGCGGGCGGCGGGCGGGAGCGGGCUCCGGGCUGAGGGGCCACGGGGGCGGAGGCUGCAGGGGGCCUGAGAGUGGAGGAUUCUGCCCUCAGGGGACGGAGCGUGAGGCGGAUCCACGCCUGCGCUGGCAGGCCCAGGACAAUGUGACUUUGGAGGAUAUGGCCAUGUACUUCUCCUGGGACGAAUGGGGUCUCCUUGAUGAGGCUCAGAGACGCCUGUACCAUGAUGUGAUGCUGGAGAACUUGGCACUGAUGGCCUCCCUGCGUAAGGCCCUCACACCUCACAGUGUGAGCUCUACAUGUCUGCAUGUGCCGGGAAUUGCCAUCGUUGAAACAGACACUACUUACGUCUACUGUGCGCUGUUCUUGGAGACCUUUGUGUGA